GGCUUCAUAACAACACUAAAGACUCGAGGAAGAGUCAAUAACUGAAUAAAUUACUGUUUAAAUGACACAAAACUGAUGUUUUUACCCAUAAAACUGCGUUGAAGGAAGUCACCACUUUUAUUGUGUAGUAGAGUAACGUGAUGUCAUAUCCGUUUUAAAACCAAAACAAAGCCGAAGGUAGAAAGCAGAAAAAAAUGGAGGGUCUGCGGGGAGACGACCUGCAGCCUCACCAGUGUUUCCUCUAUAUGCAAGCAGCAGCACCGCUGCUAAAAUGCGACCACCGCUGCUGAAUGUUUUUAUGAGAGGAGAGGGCUCCGUCUCAUCUCUUUAGAAACUAACAUUUUAGUAUUUUAUGGUACAGACGCUUCAUAUCCAGGUCAAUUCACACACCUGUGAGUAAAGCAUAUAAACAAAAAUCUUUACACUUACCUGAAGUCAGCACAACGAUUAUAACAACAAGCACCGGGUAGAUGUCAACAAUGAAGCAUCAAUGCUGAUCACGGAUUCAAGAUUAUCAUUCGGCGAAGGAAAAACAGUCCUGCAACUUCAGUGUCGCACAGUAACGUUACAGACAGCAAACUAAUAACUAACUAACCGGAGGAGCGCUUGAACUCUCGGUUAGAAAGCAGCACAUUUCCUGAGUCAUCAGAGGCUUCCCCCACACGUUUUUUUUAUAACAAAAUGUCUCAUGAUGAGUCUACGAGUGCUGUUUUUAUGCUUCGUGUGGACGGUGCGCACACGCCUCCGUGUCCUCAGCGUCUCUGGGUGGACUCUUCAACCAUUUAUCCAUUGUAAUUUGAGCUAUUAUGACUUUCUGCUUGUUGUUAACUAGUAGUUGUGUAAUGGACCGUAGUUGAUCCAUAUGGACACCCCUUCCCCACGGUUCGGCACGCAUGUGAACUGCAGCUUAAUUACACAGUUUAACCAUCAUAGUGUGAAGUUUUAAUACCAAUCAAUAUGAACCGAUAUUCAGUAAAUAUAUGCGAUCAUGAGAUCUGCAUUAAUGCUUUCUAGCCGCCGAUCCCUGAUAAUGCCACAUUGUGAUCCACAAAUCCUUGUUUAAAACUUGAAAUCGGCAGGUGAACAUGAGAACAUGCACCGAUUGUUUUCUUCAUCCUGGAGGUGGGCCUUAUAACGCGCAAAAGCUGUCAAUCUCUAAGACAAAUUUGACAGAUUCCCUCAGAGAUAUUAACGUUAUAUUAUAUUAUUUGGAUCGGAUUCCCUUAAAGAAACGUCAGUAGUGUACGUUAUUUUAUCAUUGAAAAUGUCAUUAAAUUAAAGUAAAUUAACACUGUUUGAUAAGACAACAGUUCAUUUAUUAUGUUCAAUAAAAGUAUUUUCCUAAAUGUUGAGACACCUCAUAUGUAGGCCAGACAGACAUUUACAUGCUGAUUACUGUGCACAAAUGUACCGUAGUUAUGUAGCCUACUGAGACCUCAAGAGCUAUGGUGUAGCCACGCCUGUGCCACCCAAAGAGGCAGCUGGCACACCCAAAAAUCAGAUGCAGAAUUAAUUUUUAAUUAUAGCAUUAGUAAAACGAGUUACUAUUACUAAACAAAACAACCCGCCACUAUCCAUCAGCAGCCGUUCUAUAUUUCUACUAGUGGAAGUUGGCAACCCUACACACACAGUUAGCAGGAAAAAAGUCAUGAGCAGUCAUUGCAUGUGGCCGGGUCUUGGAGAGGCUGUACAGAAAGCUGCCGGGGACGAUAGAAAACGGAGCUGCAUUCACUUGACAUCAGAGUUUCACUCUUGCGAAUUUCCGACCAGCCAUUACUUUUCAUAAAUAUAUACUGAGGUGGCAGCUGGGGUGGCUGUAUUAGUGUUAAAACUGCCAAAAAAUGACCUUGGGGGAUCGCAUAAAGACCCUCUCCAUCUUAAAGUCCCGGGCUGGAUUUCAGUCCCAGUCCACGUCUGGAUCAUGUGGCACACCCAGUUUUCUGAUGCACACCCAAAGUAAAACAACGACUUACAAGAUUUCUAAUAAAAAAUCACUGCAUUCUCUGUCAGUCCAACGAGCGGUGACGCAGCACCCAGUACGUUACAGUGUGAACAUCCUCAAUGCCGUGCAGCGCGUGCAGUGGUCCGUUGCCUGGAUCCAGUCCGGGGUGCGCAAAAAACAGAAAGGAAAAGGGGGACUCAAACGUCACAGCUGUCAGCACUGUGACAAAUCAUUCACAACAUCUGGAUAUUUAAAGAUUCACGAGAGAUUUCACACUGGAGAGAAACCGUACAGCUGUGAUCAAUGUGAGAAAGCUUUCACCAGUAAAAAUAGCCUAGAAGUCCACCAGUAUGUUCACGCCCGAGAGAAACCAUAUCAGUGUAAUGAGUGUGGGGCAACUUUCACCACUAAAGGUUAUCUAGAAAUCCACCGGCGUGUUCACACUGGAGAGAAACCGUACUGGUGUGACCAAUGUGGUAAAUCUUUUUCUCAGGGUAUUCACCUUAAAGAACACCAACGCAUUCACACUGGAGAGAAACCGUACAGCUGUGACCAAUGUAGGAAAACUUUUUCUCGGGGAGAUUCCCUUAAAGACCACCAACGCAUUCACACUGGAGAGAAGCCGUACUGGUGUGACCAAUGUGGUAAAACCUUUUCUCAUGGCAGUCACCUUAAAGAGCACCAGCGCAUUCACACUGGAGAGAAACCGUACUGGUGUGACCAAUGUGGUAAAACUUUUUCUCAUGGUAGUUCCCUUAAAAAACACCAACGCAUUCACACUGGAGAGAAACCGUACUGGUGUGACCAAUGUGGUAAAACCUUUUCUCGGGGUCAUCACCUUAAAAAACACCAACGCAUUCACACUGCAUCGUUGUGAACAUUUUUCAGAGCCUAGCUAGCUGUUUCCUCCUGCCUCUUCUCCAUGCCCUUAUGGCUGUGUUAUAUUCUGGAGAAAGAUCAAGGAGGACAUUCACAUUCGACACCUGAGACCAUCUUUGAACAGAGACAGGGGUUACCAUCUCCCCCCGAAUACAACCACCUGUUAUCAUGUGACUGUGCUGGACUAGCUUCAUGUGAUGACAAUUGAGGAAGUUUAAGUGCUGAUGAAGACCAUGGGAUAUGGUCAAAAGCUCCAAAAAGAGAGUAUGUGAGCCUUGAGUUUAAAAUGAUUUGUUCCGGAUGCGUUCCCAUUAUUGUUUUUCUCUGCUUCAUACAUAUUCUCUUGUUCUUAUUGUUUUGUAGUUCAACAUUAUAUUUUCCUCCUUUGUGUAGUUUUCAUUGAAUAAUCUUUACUUUACAUUUAUAUUCAGUUUUUAUUUUCUAUGACUGAAUGUCGUUUUGAAUCUGUAAAUGUUUUCAUUAAAUUAGUCAACACAAA